AUGGUGUCUUCUAUGAGAAGAGGCCGAGGGGCCAGACGCUUACUGCUCUCGCUUCUGCUCGCAUUCUGGGAGGCAGGGAGCGGCCAGCUCCACUACUCGGUCCCCGAGGAGGCCAAACACGGCACUUUCGUGGGCCGCAUCGCGCAGGACCUGGGGCUGGAGCUGGCGGAGCUGGUGCCGCGCUUGUUCCGGGUGGCGUCCAAAGGCAGAGAGGACCUUCUGGAGGUAAAUCUGCAGAAUGGCGUUUUGUUUGUGAAUUCUCGGAUCGACCGGGAAGAGCUGUGCGGGCGGAACGCGGAGUGCAGCAUCCACCUGGAGGUGAUCGUGGACAGGCCGCUGCAGGUUUUCCAUGUGGAGGUGGAGGUGAAGGACAUUAACGACAACCCGCCGGUAUUUCCAAUGACAGUAAAGACUAUCCGGUUUCCCGAAUCGAGGCUGCUUGACUCGCGGUUUCCUCUAGAGGGCGCAUCUGAUGCAGAUAUCGGAGUAAACGCUCUUCUCUCCUACAAGCUCAGUGCCAGUGAGUUUUUCUUUCUAGACAUACUGACAAAUGAUGAACUAAGCCAAUCUUUGUCUCUUGUGCUGGGGAAAUCUCUGGACAGAGAGGAAACUUCUCAGGUUAAUUUGUCACUGGUGGCUACAGAUGGGGGCAAACCUGAGCUCACAGGCACCAUUCAAAUACUUAUUAAAGUAUUAGAUGUGAAUGACAACGAACCUACUUUUGCCCAAUCAAUUUAUAAAGUCCACUUGUUAGAGAACGCUGCCAAUGGAACCUUAGUGGUUAAAUUAAAUGCUUCUGAUGCAGAUGAAGGGUCAAACAGUGAAAUUGUGUAUUCACUCAGUAGUGGUGUGUCUUCCACUGUACAGACUACGUUCAAAAUAGAUCCCAACUCAGGUGAAAUCAGAACUAAGGGAAAAUUAGAUUAUGAAGAAACGAAGACCUAUGAGAUUCAGGUCAUUGCAUCUGACAAAGGAACCCCGUCAAUGUCCGGACACUGUAAAAUUUCAGUAAAACUCGUGGACGUCAAUGAUAACACACCAGAAGUCUCAAUAAGGUCUCUCUCACGUUCCAUCCAAGAGAAUGCUGCCCUGGGCACCGUCAUCGCCCUCAUCACAGUGUCGGACAGCGACUCUGGUGUCAACGGGCAGGUCAUCUGCUCCUUAACAUCUCAGGUCCCGUUUAAACUGGUGUCCACCUUCAAAAACUACUAUUCACUGGUACUGGACAGCACCCUGGACCGCGAGAAGGUGUCUGCCUAUGAUCUGGUGGUGACCGCGCGGGACGGGGGCUCGCCUUCGCUGUGGGCCACCGCCAGCGUGUCCGUGGAGGUGGCCGACGUGAACGAUAAUGCGCCGGCGUUCGCGCAGCCCGAGUACACGGUGUUCGUGAAGGAGAACAACCCGCCCGGCUGCCACAUUUUCACGGUGUCGGCGCGGGACGCGGACGCGCAGGAGAACGCGCUGGUGUCCUACUCGCUGGUGGAGCGGCGGGUGGGCGAGCGUGCGCUGUCGAGCUACGUGUCGGUGCACGCGGAGAGCGGCAAGGUGUACGCGCUGCAGCCGCUGGACCACGAGGAGCUGGAGCUGCUGCAGUUCCAGGUGAGCGUGCGCGACACUGGCGUGCCGCCUCUGGGCAGCAACGUGACGCUGCAGGUGUUCGUGCUGGACGAGAACGACAAUGUGCCCGCGCUGCUGGCGUCUCGGGCUGGAGGCUCUGGCGGUGCGGUGAGCGAGCUGGUGCCGCGGUCGGUGGGCGCAGGCCACGUGGUGACGAAGGUGCGCGCGGUGGACGCCGACUCGGGCUACAACGCGUGGCUGUCGUACGAGCUGCAGCCGGCGGCGGGCGGUGCGCGCAGCCCGUUCCGCGUGGGGCUGUACACGGGCGAGAUCAGCACGACGCGCGCCCUGGACGAGGCGGACGCUCCGCUUCAGCGCCUGCUGGUGCUGGUGAAGGACCACGGCGAGCCGGCGCUGACGGCCACGGCCACCGUGCUGGUGUCGCUGGUGGAGAGCGGCCAGGCGCCGAAAGCCUCCUCUCGGGCUUCGGUUGGCGCCGCAGGCCCAGAGGCGACGCUGGUGGAUGUCAACGUGUACCUGAUCAUCGCCAUCUGCGCCGUGUCCAGCCUGUUGGUGUUGACGCUGCUGCUGUACACGGCGCUGCGGUGCUCGGCGCCGCCCUCCGAUGUCGCGUGCGGACCUGGGAAGGCCACGCUGGUGUGCUCCAGCGCGGUGGGGAGCUGGUCGUAUUCGCAGCAGAGGCGGCAGAGGGUGUGCUCUGGGGAGGGGCCGCCGAAGACCGACCUCAUGGCUUUCAGCCCCAGCUUACCGCAGGGUCCAGACUCCGCAGAAGAAAGACAACAGCUCUCAGAAGCAGAAUACUUAGGAAAGGUGAGCCUUUUAAUUUUUCUUGCCAGAUCUAGAAUCGUUGUAUUUCCUUAUUUUUUUUAUGAUGUCUGUUAA